AUGAAUAAAAAAAAAUUGGAAACAAGUCCACAGCAGCAGAAAUUUCCUGAAUGGAUGUCUUUGCAGAAUACAAGAUGUGCUAUAGAAGAAAGAAAGGCAUCUAUUCAGAAGAGUGUUUUGGAAGAUCAUCUCCCCUUCUUAGAAUUCCCUGGAUCCAUUGUGUAUAGUUAUGAAGCUAGUGAUUGCUCUUUCCUAUCAGAAGAUAUUAGCAUGAGUCUAUCUGAUGGCGAUGUGGUGGGAUUUGACAUGGAAUGGCCACCAGUGUACACUAAAGGGAAACUUAACAGAGUUGCACUAAUUCAGUUGUGUGUGUCUGAGAGCAAAUGUUACUUGUUUCAUAUUUCUUCUAUGUCAGCUUUUCCACAGGGAUUAAAAAUGUUGCUUGAAAAUACAGCAAUUAAAAAGGCAGGUGUAGGAAUUGAAGGAGAUCAGUGGAAGCUUCUACAUGAUUUUGACAUCAGAUUGAGGAGUUUUGUGGAGUUGACAGAUGUUGCCAAUAACAAGCUGAAAUGUGCAGAGACUUGGAGCCUUAAUGGUCUGGUUAAACACCUCUUCAGUAAACAGCUUCUGAAAGACAAGUCUAUCCGCUGUAGCAAUUGGAGUAAUUUUCCACUCACUGAGGACCAGAAAUUGUAUGCAGCCACUGACGCUUAUGCUGGUCUCAUCAUUUAUAGAAACUUAGAAACUUUGGGUGAUGCUGUGCAAAUGCUUACUAUAAAUAAAGAAACAGAGAUCUUGCUAUAGGAUAUAAAGAAACAGCUGACUUCAAUUUCUGAGGAGGUGAUGGAUCUGGCUAAGCAUCUUCCUGACACUUUUAGAAAACUGGAAAAUCCACAGAGGAUUUCUGGCCUCUUAAAGGAUGUUUCAGAAAAUCUAUAUUUACUGAGGAAGAUGAUCUUGGGCACUACAAAGACUGAGACUGAACUGGGACCCAGCAGUAACUUCAACUUAUUAUCAUUGGAAGAUUCAACUGCUGGUGGAGUACAACAGAAAUCAAUUGGAGAACAUACAAUUUUUACGUUAGUUAAAGAUGAAACAGGGGACCCAACACUUGAUAAUUUAGUUAAAAAUGAUAGAGAAGAUGUACUUGGAAAUGAAGUAGAACAAAAACAAGACAAAUUUGAAGAUGGAAUAGAAGACAAUAAAUUGAAAGAGAAUAUGGAAAGAACUUGUUUGAUGUCAUUAGAUAUUACAGAGUAUGAACUUCAAGUUUUGGAACAGCAGGCUCAGGAAAAAUUUCUUAGUGAUGCAACUUACAAAUCUGCUGAGCAUUUAUCUCCCAAGAAUAAUGAAAGUGAUACAUCUUAUGUAAUUGAGAGUGAUGAAGAUUUAGAAAUGGAAAUGCUUAAGUCUUUAGAAAACCUAAAUAGUGCCACGGUGGAUUCAACUCAUUCUAAAGCAUUAGAAAUGGAAAGAAAUCUGGAUCUUCCUACUGAAGAAGACGAUGAAGAUGAAAAUGAUGCUAUUGAAGAGGAAGAAGAAGAUGAUAAGGACUGUUUGUUGCCUGAACCCAGUGCAAAGCAAGUUACAUGCCUCAAGACCUACUUUGGCCAUUCCAGUUUUAAACCGGUUCAGUGGAAAGUGAUUCAUUCAGUAUUGGAAGAAAGAAGAGAUAAUGUUGUUGUCAUGGCAACUGGAUAUGGAAAGAGUUUGUGCUUCCAGUAUCCCCCUGUUUAUGUAGGCAAGAUUGGCCUUGUCAUCUCUCCUCUUAUUUCCUUGAUGGAAGACCAAGUGCUCCAGCUUAAAAUGUCCAACAUCCCAGCUUGUUUCCUUGGAUCAGCACAGCCAAAAAAUAUUCUAGAUGAUAUUAGAUUAGGCAAAUAUUUGAUUGUAUACAUGACUCCAGAAUUCUGUUCAGGUAACUUGGGCCUACUCCAGGAACUUGAGGCCAGUAUUGGAAUCACACUUAUUGCCGUGGAUGAGGCUCAUUGUAUUUCUGAGUGGGGGCAUGAUUUUAGAAAUUCAUUCAGGAUGUUGGGCUCCCUAAGGACAGUACUCCCAUUGGUUCCAGUUGUUGCACUCACUGCUACUGCAAGUUCUUCCAUCCGAGAAGACAUUGUACGUUGCUUAAAUCUGAGAAAUCCUCAGAUUACCUGUACUAGUUUUGAUCGACCAAACCUGUAUUUAGAAGUUGGACGAAAAACAGGGAAUAUCCUUCAGGAUCUGAAGCAAUUUCUUAACAAGAAAACAAGUUCUCACUGGGAUUUUGAAGGUUCAACCAUCAUCUAUUGUCCUUCCAGAAAAAUGACAGAACAAAUUACCGCUGAACUUAGGAAACUCAAUUUAUCCUGUGGAACAUACCAUGCAGGCAUGAGUUUUAACACAAGGAAAGAGAUUCAUCAUAGGUUCAUGAGGGAUGAGAUUCAGUGUGUCAUAGCUACCAUCGCUUUUGGAAUGGGCAUUAAUAAAGCUGACAUUCGCAAAGUCAUUCAUUAUGGUGCUCCUAAGGAAAUGGAGUCAUAUUACCAGGAGAUUGGUAGAGCUGGUCGUGAUGGACUUCAAAGUUCUUGUCAUGUACUCUGGGCUCCAGCAGACUUUAACUUAAAUAGGAACCGCCUUACUGAGAUACAUAAUGAAAAGUUUCGAUUAUGCAAAUUAAAGAUGAUAGCAAAGAUGGAAAAAUACCUUUAUUCCAGCAAGUGUAGGAGACAAAUCAUCUUGUCUCAUUUUGAGGACAAACAACUACGAAAAGCCUCCUUGGGAAUUAUGGGAACUGAAAAAUGCUGUGAUAAUUGCAGGUCCAGAUUGGGCUGUUGCUAUUCCAUUGAUGAUUCAGACGAUAUAUCCCAGGACUUUGGUCCACAAGCAUUUCAGCUAUUAUCUGCUGUGAGCAUCUUAGGGGAAAAUUUUGGAAUUGGGGUUCCGAUUUUAUUUCUCCGAGGAUCCAAUUCUCAGCGUCUUGCACAUAAAUAUCACAGUCACAACUUCUUUGGCACUGGCAAGGAUCAAACAGAGAGUUGGUGGAAAAGUUUUUCCCGUCAGCUUAUAACUGAGGGAUUCUUGACAGAAGUUCCUGGACAUAACAAAUUUGCAAAAAUUUGCACCCUUACAAAAAAGGGUAGAAAUUGGCUUGGCAAAGCCAAUACAGAAUCUCCUCCGAGACUCAUCCUACAAGUUAAUGAAGAAUUGUGUCCAAAGAAGCCUCUUCUGCCUAGCUCAAAAAAUGUAUCUCCAGGCACUGAACAGCAAUCCCCUAAUCAAGUACCAAUUGAAUUAACUGCAGAGGAGAAGUAUAACUUGGAGAUGAUGUAUUCUUACAAACCGUGUGAUAAGAUUUCUUCUGGGAGUAGCAUUCCUAAAAAAAGUAUCAUGGUGCAGUCACCAGGAAAAUCUUACCCCACUUCAGAACCUGUUAUUUCAGCCCAAGAACAGGAGACUCAGACUGUGUUAUAUGGCAAAUUGUUAGAAGCUAGGCAGAAACAUGCCAACAAAUUGGAUAUUCCUCCUGUUAUUCUGGCAACAAAUAAGAUACUGGUGGAUAUGGCCAAAAUGAGACCAACUACAGUUGAACAUGUAAAAUGGAUUGAUGGCGUUUCUGAAGGCAAAGCUGCUAUGUUGGCCCCUCUGUUGGAUGUCAUCAAACAUUUCUGCCAAGCAAAUAGUAUUCAGACAGACAACUUUUCAAGUACAAAACCUCAGGAAGAGCAGAACAAAAGUCUGGUAGUAGAAAAUAAAAAAUGCUCAAUUUCACAAUCUGUGGCCAUCACAUAUUCUUUAUUCCAAGAAAAGAAGAUGUCUUUGAAGAGCAUAGCUGAGAGCAGGAUUCUGCCUCUCAAAGCAGUUGGCAUGCACUUAUUCCAAGCAGUAAAAGCUGGUUACCCCCUCGAUUUGGAGCGUGCAGGCCUGACUCCAGAGGUUCAGAAGAUUAUUGCCGAUGUUAUCCGAAACCCUCCCAUCAGCUCAGAUGUGCGUAAAAUUAAACCAAUUAGAACAUUAGUACCUGAAGAUAUUGACACCUACCUCAUCUACAUGGCAAUUGAGAUCCUUGAAAAUGACCAUCACAGCCAGCUCUUACGCCAGCCUUCAUGUGACUCCAAUAAGAGAUGCUUCCCCAACUCUGAAGAGAGUUGUUCAAGUUCUAAGAGAAGCAAGGAAGAAGUGGGCACUAAUACCCAGACUUCAUCUGAAACUUCAAGAAUAUUACCUGCAUGGUUUGCCAAGGGAAAUGAGGCUUUACCGGAUAUCAGCAAGAAAUCAAAGGACAAAACAAAAAAUAAAGGUCUUUUUCAUUAAGUUGGCAGUGACCAGAGCAAUUAUGUGUGUCUUGCUGUAUUAUAAGAAGAGAGUUAUAUUUCAUUUCUGAAGAGUGAGAAGUAAUAUUUCAGUUUAAAAUUUAUUCUAAUCACAAAGUAAAACUCACCUAUUUACUAAAGGACUGGCAUCCUAAAUCAAUCUUACAGAGUUCACAUAAAGAAUUUGGGUUUUCUGGGAGCAUUAUAGAAUACAUUAGAGGAUGGGUUAUUAAGUUAGAUUUCCUUUAAGAUUGCUUUAAGAAAUUGUUACUGUCUUGUUUUCUAAUCUCUUUAUUUAUUACAAAUGGUAUAUUUAGAAAAUAUAAUGUGCUGUGAUUUGAUACAGAUAACAGAUUAGUAGUUAUGUGGUAAAUGUGUGAUUUAAAAUAUUCAUAUAUUGGCAAAAUGCUGUCUUGUAAAUGUAAGAAAGCAUAGUUAUUUUACAAAUUAUCUUUACUAUCUUUUAAAGAAGCUCUUAUACACAUUAUUAAAUGGUAUUAAUUUUGCUGAUCUGGUAUUGGCCAGACCAGUGAAAAUAAAGCCACAUUUUGGGUUCCUUGUAGGUAGGGAAAAAGAAUGUAAAAAGUUUAAAAAGGGUACCAAUUGCACUGGGUAACAUUUUGUAUUUUAUA